CACUUCCUGCCUAGGUAUAAGCAAAGUGCCCCAAUCAGACACGCUACGGAGUUAGACAGGAGUAGCGGAGUCUGUAUGCGCCCUCUGUAGGAUUGCAUGCAUUGGAACUCUCCCGGUAAAGAGCAGGUUGAAAGUCGGUAGUGAAAGCAUCGGGUGGAGAAUCUAAUUGUGACUGAUGACUGGCAGGGAUUCUUUUACCGAUUUGUGUACGUGGAACGAUUUAAAGUAGUCUACUAUAUUUCAUUUGGGAAGACGUGUUCGUUUAUGCAGUUACAAGACAAAAGAUUGCUACUUGUCUUGUUUGUUUAUUCAUUGUUGGUUCAAAGUUCACAUACCCUCUGGAAACCAGAGUAAAUUUUAAAAUCCAAUAUGGCCGUCAUUCGUAAGGUGAAGUUUGAGGUACUGUAGUUGAUUGCCAGGAUUAGGCAUCUGGUGUGUGGGAGACUGAGAAAAAUGAAGUCACUUUCUGGUCAUCUGUGAAAAUUAAAUUGGUUGCAGAAAAGGUAGUUUUCUUCUGUUAUCGUUCCAUUAAUUUCAAGUGCAGUAAACAUUCCCAUCAUCACCAUCACCACCACGUCAGUAGCUGAUGAUCAUUUGCAUCAUACUGUGAUAAAUUGCUGGCCCUAGAUCCCACAUGGCUUGUUGUAGGUGAGUGGGGCCCAAUGUGCACUUAUUAGUGGGUUCAUGUUAACAUUCAGUGACACCGACACCCGAGAACCAGUAUUGGUGAUCAACAUUUCCACCUAUGCCUAACCUGCAGUCGGAUGGAUAUCUCGGAGGCAGCUGGUCUCCCGAUCGGUGAGCUGACAUGGGAUGAAGAAGUAGCCCAGUAUACAGAUAGAUCUCGUGGAGGUGGUUCAUGCUUUGGCUGUGUAAACCCACUGUGGACUGCCAUCUAUGACUAUGAAGCCAGUGGAGAUGAUGAGCUGAGUUUACGGCGUGGUGAUGUAGUUGAGGUUCUCUCCAAGGAUGCCGCUAUUUCUGGUGAUGAUGGUUGGUGGACUGGCAAGAUCAGAAAGCGAGUUGGAAUCUUCCCAUCUAAUUAUGUCACCUAUACUCCAGGCCGUUACCAUAGGCUGUCUGAGGUGCAGCCAAGUCGACAACUUGUUCCAGAUCCUGAAACACCAGCUUGUUCUCCUGUGGAGAUUGAUUUUAAUGAACUUGAACUGCAGGAAGUGAUUGGAGUUGGUGGCUUUGGCAAGGUUUUCAGGGGCAUAUGGAGAAAACAGGAAGUUGCAGUAAAAGCUGCCAGGCAGGACCCAGAUGAAGAUAUCCGAAUGACUGCUGAGAAUGUGAAACAGGAAGCAAAACUGUUUUCUAUGCUGAGGCAUCCCAACAUUAUCAAACUGGAAGGGAUAUGUCUUCGAGAACCAAAUCUCUGUCUGGUAAUGGAAUAUGCACGAGGCGGCACUUUAAACCGUGCUUUGGCUGGCCGCAGGAUCCCACCUCACAUCCUUAUCAACUGGGCUGUGCAACUGGCCAGUGGAAUGCUUUACUUGCAUGAAGAUGCCAUUGUAACCAUCAUCCAUCGUGACCUUAAAUCGAGUAAUGUAUUGUUACAUGAAAGAAUAGAAAAUGAUGACAUCGCCAACAAAACCUUGAAAAUUACUGACUUUGGUUUGGCAAGGGAGUGGAACAAAACUACCAAAAUGAGUGCAGCAGGAACCUAUGCCUGGAUGGCACCUGAAGUUAUUAAAUCAUCAAUGUUUUCUAAAGGCAGCGAUGUGUGGAGCUACGGUGUUUUACUCUGGGAACUGCUUACUGGAGAAGUCCCUUACCGUGGUAUUGAUGGCCUUGCUGUGGCUUAUGGAGUAGCAGUUAACAAACUAACUUUGCCAAUACCAUCCACCUGUCCUGAACCAUUCGCUAAGCUGAUGGAAGAUUGCUGGGAGCAGGACCCCCACAUUCGACCAUCCUUUGCUCUGAUUCUGGAUGAGCUUAUUUCCAUUGAGGGAGAAGUUAAGACAACAAUACCUCUGGAGUCCUUCCAUUCCAUGCAAGACAACUGGAAAAUGGAAAUCCAGCAAAUGUUUGAUGAAUUGAGGACCAAAGAAAAGGAACUGCGAUCACGAGAGGAGGAGCUGACCAGAGCAGCUGUGCAGCAGAAGUCACUAGAAGAAUUGCUGAAGCGCAGAGAGCAGCAGUUGGCAGAGAGAGAGAUUGAUGUACUAGAACGAGAGUUAAACAUUCUGAUCUUUCAACUAAAUCAAGAGAAACCAAAUGUAAAAAAACGGAAAGGAAAAUUUAAAAGAAGUAGACUAAAGUUAAAGGAUGGGCACAGAAUUAGCUUGCCUUCAGAUUUCCAGCACAAAAUAACUGUACAGGCAUCCCCGAAUCUGGACAAGAGAAGAAGUCUGAACAGCAAUAGCAGUUCCAGUCCAACCAAUAGUCCUACUAUCAUUCCUCGCCUUCGUGCUAUCCAGCUGAGUUCUGCAGCAGAUACCAGCAGUUCCAGUGGGCGAAAGAACAGUAUGUAUGUGUACCAGCAAGAUGUGGAUAUCACAAGCGAAUGCAGUCCUUGCAGUGUGGUUAGAAAGAAAGGGAAUUCAGUAGAUCUGAAGUACUUGGCUGAAGUUUCAGACAGUAAGAGACCAAAGCAGUCAAAGUUGCCUAAUCAGACGUACAUUGAUCUACCUCUUUGGAAAGAUGAGCAAGAUGAAAAUUGUGGUAAUGACAGUGUUGAAGAAGUAACUUCUACUAGUUCUGCCAACAGCACCCCUCAGCAUACCCCUACCAGCAGUCUGAAACGUGCAACACAAAGAAGAAAAACUGACAUUGUACUAUAUGGAUGUGCUAUGCUUCUUGCAGCAGUGGGUUUGGGAGUAGACAUUAGAGAUUCAAGUAGGUCACAAACUCCAGAAGAACUCUUGCCCAAAGAAGAGAAGAAAAAGCGAGAGGGAAUAUUUCAAAGAGCCACUAAGUUUCGUAGAAGUACUAGCCCCCCAACUAAAAUACUUCCCACAAAAGAUGACAUCAGUAUUUCUUCCUCUUCACUGAACACUGCAAGCCAUCAGUCUGUAUCUUCCAUGUCAGAAAGCUACUCUACCAAGCCUUUACUCCAUUCUGCUAAUGAGGAGACAUUUUCAGCAAGUACUGCUUCAUUUGCUGCUCAUUCUACCGAGGGCUUGUCAAAAAAUGAGUUUUAUAAUGAGCAGUGCUUACUACAGAAUCAAGGCGCAUUAUCUCUUUUGAAAAACCAGUCUUCUUUUCCAGCUGUUAAACAAGUUCAUUUUUCUGCAAAACACCACAGGCGGAGUAAGUCAGAUGAAGGCUCAUUUCAAGGUACAGCAAAUGGAUGCAGAGCCUUACAAGAGGAGCCAGAAGAUAUUAAUUCAUCAUGCCUUAAAACUGUUCAGGACAAAACGUAUAGUAAGGACAUGGUACAGAAAAGUCAGAAAUCCACAGAUAUAGUAUCAAGGCCCAGACCAUCUCCCUUGAAAAGUAGAAUAAAUCCGUGGCAAGUGUUAUCACAGACUUCAGCAGAUCAUCUUCCCUGUUCACCAUAUUUGACCAACAACAUUGCAUCAAAUCUGUACGUUUUACCAGGGGCAGAAGGAAAGACUGGUCAUAAUGUGUCCUCUGGUACUUGUCUGCUUGACAUGGAUAUGGAAGACCAAAAAAAGGACAACACAGUUCCACUCUGCAGGAUUGAAAGUCAGCCAAGUGUGACAAGUAUAUAUGAACUUGAAAAAAAAUUCUUGUCUUAAAAGUUGUGUGCCUUAAGUUCUAACUAUUGCCUUUUUGUAGUUUUACAACCAUGGUUAUAAAAGAAACAAUCAGUUUAUUUGGGAACAUUUUUAAAUAGUUAAGAAAUGUAGUGUUAAAAUGUGAAAAAUUGAGACAGCUUUUCUCUACACUUGGCUGGGAAAAGACAUAAUUUGUAGUACUGUCUGAAAGAAUUGCGUUCUUACAGGACUUGAGAUUGUAGAAUGUAGUAUUUUGCACACAAUGUAAUGUAUUAAGUUUCGCCUCUGGAAAUGAAAAUUUUAAUUUUUGUAUGUAAAAUUGUGAAAGUACUGUAUACCUAAAUAAUAAAUUUAUAUAUAUAUUUCUA